CUACGCGAAAGCAUUUGAACAGUCAGCAUGAGCGAAGACGAUAGGACGCUUUAUUGCGGCAAUGUAAGCGAAAAGGUUACGGAAGAAAUGCUGUAUGAAUUGUUCCUUCAAGCUGGCCCAGUAGAGAACGUUAAAAUUCCCCGUGAUGCAGAUAAACGACAACGCUCAUACUCGUUCAUCACAUAUACGCACGCUUGCAGCGUUGAGUACGCUAUGAAAGUUCUCGAUGGCACGUCACUCUUUCAACGUAUGCUGAAACUGGACAGAAAGACUGGCAACGGGCCGAACUGUGCGGCUUCUCCUUUGAUUAACUUCAAAAAUCCAACCACUACCAGCGGUAACCGUUUUCACGAUGAUCCUCUGCAUGAUCCACCAGCAAUGGAGGCAAACGGCUUUGCUCCGGAUGCAUCAUCUACGAAUGAGAGAAUUCUUAACAGCUUAGGCUUUGCUUACGGACAAGCUGCCUUGCCAGGCACAAUGAACAUCGCUCCAGACAUGUUUCAUUCGAAAGUUGGCGCGUUGAUGCGUUUGGGUCCACAUUUAUGCGGGGCAGAAUUAGCGCCAUACGACGACCAGUCGACGGCGUCUAAUGAACAACAGACUUCCCUGCGCACGAAAAUGCUUCACAAUGACCGAUCACACUACCCGGAUCGCCAUCAAAAGCCAUACUCGCGCGAUGAUCGCUAUAGGCACAGUAACGACCGACAUAACGAUUCACACAGUCGUCAUAGGUACGAUAAGGACAGCAGAAGAAACAGCAACGACAGGGAUCAUCAUCACCAUUCUAAUCGCAGACGAAGAUAGUGAAGUAUUUUUAUUAUUCUUGUUCUAGCCUUAAACCUGACUGAUCGAUAAAUGGUUGGUUAAAUGAAACGAAUGAACUCUGUUUAAAAUGGUUGUA